AUGUUACUCACCCUCAAAUAUUUGAACAAGGUUAAACAAAUAAAUUUGGAUAAACGAGUAAAUGUGCAAUCCUUGCAGAUACUUUUGGUUCAAUUAUUUGGUAUCAAAAACAGAAUAGUAGGAUUGAUUGAUUAAGACGGUAAUAAUAAUUGUUAAUUUCAAGGCAACUUCUAUGAAUUAUCAUAAUUUAUAUAAUAGUUGUAUUACUCAAGGUGCAAUGUGUACACUAUCGUUAGUGAAGAGAAUUAAAAUUCAAAUGAUAACAAACUAUUAUAAACAUCUCUAAAAUAUAGUCAGAUGUCAGAUUACAAUAAUAAGCUUUCAUUUAUUGAUUUCAUCUAUGAUUUAGAAGAAUUCCAGUAGAUUCUGGGUGGAGAUCAAUACACCUGCAUUUACUUAAUUGAUGAAAAGGAUUAUUAAGGGCUAGAUUUUCUAUGUGCUCUCGAACCCUUGAUUAACAAUUUCAACAAUUGGGUUAACUUUUUCUAUUCAUUCAGCAAUAGAUUACAAGAUUAGGUAAGGGAAAGCGAUUUCUAUAACAAAUUGCUCUGGAUCUACAAAGGAUCUAAGAAGAUUGUUUCCAUUUAAUUGAACAAUGAUAAAAAAAUGAGAUAAAUGGAUGAAAUUAUUCAUAAACUUGUUUAAGCCAAGUUACAAGGCACCAGCACAAGAACCUCAAAUAUUAAAUAGCAAUCUUAAAUCUCAUCUCAAUAAUCUCCUGAUAAAAGAAGAAGCAAAUCUAUACGUAAACUGGUGGAAGAAUCCCAAAUGUCUAACAAUUCAUUAUAUAUGAAUUAAAAUGUUGGAGCCUCAAAAUUAAUCACCAGGGUUUAAGCCAAACUCAUUCAAAGAGCUCCCUCGAGAGGCAGUGAGAACUUUGAAGAUUAUCGAUAUUAACAAUAAAAUUAAUCAUAAUAAUAAUAAAGUAAUGCUUAUUAAAAUGAAUCAAUUAUCAGUUAAUAAGAUAUGCUAUUUGGUUUAGUAGGGGAUUUAGAAGAAAAGGAAAUAUUAGAUGUCACUAUGGCAAGAUUAGUAAAGCGAUUAUUAAUAGAGGAGAAUAAAGAAAUCAUUCAAGUCUUGCAAUUUUAUUUGUAGAACACUAUAAACAUUCAAUAGUUGUGUGAGAAAUUGAAUAAAAUUGUUGAGAAUUGCACUUAUUAAGAGAGACCAACAUCCCCUUUCUAAACUCUCAAACAAAGCAAGCGUCAAACUAAACCUUAAUAGCAACUUAAUGUUAAUUCACAAGAGUCAAAUCGUUCUAUGUAAUAAGAUUCUGCUCAAAACCAAUAGAUAUAACGGUUAGAAGAUAUAAAAAACAAAGUUAUUGAAAGAAAUAAUUACAGCUACACUUCUGAAUAAUUUGGAAUGAUCAAUGUGUUGUGGAAUCAGUAGGAUCAAGUGUUAUUGCAAUUAUGUACAGAUUUAUAUAACAAAAUGCAACGAGGAGGAGAAUAGCCUUCUCUCAAACCGUUGUAGAUUUAUUCAGAUUCCAAAUUUAAUGAAUUAUUGCAGUAAAACUUCAAAUUAUCCGAAAUUACUAUGAUUCAUGAGUAUAGAAAUAGUCAUUCUGGAUCUAUUUAUGCUGUUUUGUAACACUUUAGAUACUAAAAUAAUGUAGAAUUAUUCAUAAAUGAUCUAAGAAAAGCCAUCAAUUCUGUAUAAAGCUAAAAUCAAAAUCUUAAUCAACCUGAAAAAUAAUAAACAUAAGUGUCAAAAGAAAUCGUAUUAUUUAAAUAAUAUCCAAAAGCACCUUCACCUUACAGUGUUUUAAUGCCAAAUUUCUAAUUGUAAGAGAUGACUUAAGCCACAUAAUAAUAGUAAUAACAACAACAGUAAUAGUAAUAACCAUAGUAAUAAUCACAAUUAUAAUAAUAAUUAUAAUAAUAAUAAUAAUCACAAUUAUAAUAAUAAUUGUAAUAAUAAUAAUAAUAAUAGUAAUAGUAAUAACAGUAGUAAUAAUAAUAUAAAAAAUAAAAUGAAAAUUAAAUCAUACAUUUACAUUAAACAUAACCUAUUCAAUAAUAAAGGGAAUAACAUUUUGAAAAUUAGUAGCCAAACUAAGAACCUGUUUAGGAAAUUCAAUAGCCAAUCUUUUAAAAAAACGAUCUCAUGAGUAGAUCUGAGCAAAUCUCUGCUCAAAAGAGAAUUAGCCCAUCAGCUGAAGAUAUUAUUUUUAAUGAAGAAAUCUUUAUGUAAACUAAAAAAGAAAAAAGGCAAGCUAAUUUAGAAAAGAUAGACAAGUUUUAUUCACUUCAAGAAGAGAAGGAAUUAUAAUAAAUAUUUAAAGAUAUGCUUUGGGAUAUGGAUUUGGAUGAACCAAAAGUUAGGCAGGUUGAAUUGUUGUUUUCAGAACAUAAUUAAUAAUUAUAUGAAAUUGUUCAAGGUUGGCAAUCCUCUAGGAAUAUCAAUGGCACCAGAGCUAAACUUAUAAAAUUAUUAUCAGAAUAAUAAAUUAAAAAGGAUGAUUAUAGAAAAAUAAAGAUGUAUAACUUAUUUAUGAAUUAAGUGAGAUAAUUCACAUUAUAAAAUCAUCUUCAAGAUCAUGAAAAGAAUUUCUUAUUAAAAAUGUUUAUGGAUAAUGAUUUAUAGGUUCUAGGAACCUUUGAAACAUAUCUAUAAAAUCAAGAUGCUGAAGAUAUGUUAGAGAAUUUAAAGAUAAUAAUAAAAUAAUACUCUAAAUUCACAAAUAUCAACUCACCAAAUGCAGAUGAGGAUUAAUAACCAAUAAUAGAAACAAAAAAGAGCUAAUUAACUGCCAAAGAGAUUUUAUUGCAAAUUAGGAAAUAUUUUUCAGCUGAAGAGAAGAAUCGAUUAGAGAAUAUGCCAAAUGAAUAAAGAGAUAUGAAAAUUGUUGAAUUGUUCUAAGAGUAUCAGUAGGAUUAAGACUUAAAUGGAUUUAUUUCUGCUGUCAAAAAAUUAAGUCAACAGGAUUAAAUCAAAAAAUAAUUUGAAGAUUUACUUAAAAAACUAUAAAAAGAAGGUCAUCUGAAAAUAGAUGAUUAUAUGUUAUCUGUGAUUAAUUAGAGAAGAAAUGAAUAAAGAAUAAAAGGAGUCUUUGAAUUGUACCUUUUUAACAAAAAUAUUGAAGAUUUUGUUGAAUGUAUAAAGAGUAUAUCAAAAUUAUUGCAAUAAGAACUGAUUCUUUAGACCUUGAAUCAAUUUGAGAGAGAAAAGCUAUUGGAUGAAAGAAGGAUAGAAAUCUUAAAAGAAAAAGCACAUGAUUAUCACAAGGACUAUCCAAAGCUAUUGGGGGCUUUUUCAUUAUAUUUUGAAUAGGCUCAGAUAGAUUUGGAGGAAGCCAAAAAGGAAAUAUUAGAAACUCUAAGUCUUUUCAGCUCAUGA